AUGUUUAUUGCAAAGUAUGUCAUAACACAACCACCACCCUACCAACAACCUCAAAACACUUAUAGUCUCAUUCAAUCGUCUUAUCCUACAUCAACGUCUUUGAGUUGUCAUCAACACGAAGAUGUACCACUCGUAUCCACCCUAACGGACGCGAAAUGUAACUUUUUCAUACGGUCGUACGUCGCAGAAAUCGCAGAAGUCACAGAAAUCGCAGAAGUAGCAGAAGUCACAGAAAUCGCAGAAGUAGCAGAAAUCGCAGAAGUAGCAGAAGUCGCAGAAAUCGCGGAAGUGGCGCCGCGUGAUAAUUUAGUUAACAGUAGUGCACUGUGUACAAAUUUAAUAGUCAGUGUGACAGGUAGUACAUUCCCCUUUGUAAUUAUAAAUAAGGAGCAAAAACACAUUAUAAAAAGGAUAAAUUAUGAAAAGGAGAGAACGUGUCGUCCACAUCGUUUGACCGGUAAACGCCUCUUCAGUUCGAGCGAUGAAAUUAUGUUAAGUCAUGCGCAAUAUCACACGUUUCUCAAUUGGACACAAUCACAUUUUGAACUUAAUUGUUACAAUAGUGAAGUGACUAUGGAGAAAUUUGUGCAGACACGGAAAUGA